UUGCCAUGAGUAUUAUUGUUGUCUGGUCGAGUCAUUUCGCACGGUACGUGCAUCACGCGAUGAAACAUCGUUUAAAAUUUGCAAAUAUUUUGAUUCAUCAUUAAAACAUCUAAAUUUCCAUUCGCAGUCGUGCGUGAAGUGUCCGCUAGUUCUGUUUCGUCCUAUGUCUAGCUAUGCAUUGUGAAUCCUGCGAGUGUUGUGAUGUAUGACGUGCAGGUCAGCGAGGCCAGUGCACGCGAAGAAAGCGAAGAAAGGGUAUUGUGCGUUAUCCAUCUUCCAAUCAGACAUUUUGUGACAUCUCGGGCAGUCCAAGACACCGUACGUUAGGUAUUUUUAGAUCUGUCGCGCAUCUCGGUCGAGCAAUGCACACGCCGACGACGAGAUAAUGGGCUACGACCUGAAUCGCUUUCAAGGCGACGUCGACGAGGAGCUCGUCUGCGCGAUCUGCAAUGGUGUACUCGAGGAUCCGCUCCAGGCACCAAACUGUGAGCAUGCAUUCUGUAAGAAUUGCAUCCAGGAAUGGAUCUCCAGACAACCCACAUGUCCUGUAGACAGGCAACAUAUCACCAGUGGACAACUACGACCGGUUCCUCGUAUACUAAGAAAUUUACUUUCAAGACUUUCCAUUAAUUGUGAUAAUGCUCAACAUGGCUGUACUUCAAUGUUAAAACUAGACACAUUAGCGAGACAUCUAGAAGAAUGCGAAUUCAAUCCAAAGCGGCCGCUGCCGUGCGAAUCCGGCUGCGGGCUUAUAGUGCCGAAGGACGAACUCAAAGACCACAACUGCAUCAAAGACCUCAGGGGCUUAGUGCUGCAACAACAACAAAAACUGAUGGAGUUUCAGCAGGAUUUGACUGAACAAAGAAUUAAUACUAAUGAGUUAAAGAAAGAAUUACAACUACUUAAGGACUUUAUGAGAGCUAUGAAGAUUUCAAAUCCGACAAUGCGCGCAAUUGCUGACGCAAUGGAAAGAGAUGAAGUCGUAAGAUGGAGUAAUACUCUAACUAGAGCGAGGGUAACACGUUGGGGUGGCAUGAUAUCAACCCCAGAUGAAAGAUUACAGCGAAUGAUCAAAAGAGUUCUAAGUGAAAUUGGAUGCCCCUCGCACAUUAUCGAUGAUCUAAUGGAGAACUGCCACGAGCGUCGUUGGCCGCCCGGCCUCUGCGCGCUUGAAACUCGCCAAAAUAACCGCCGCCAGUAUGAAAACUACGUGUGCAAGCGGGUGCCUGGUAAGCAGGCGGUGCUGGUGCUCGCUUGCGACAAUGCGCACAUGAGCGAGGACAUGAUGGUCGAGCCUGGCCUUGUGAUGAUUUUCGCGCACGGCAUCGAAUAAGAAACAAAUUCGAUGCGCGAUUCUUUCUACAUUUGUUUUACAAGGUUUACGUUUACACACGUUUUACAUUUAUAAACCCUGAUUGACGUCUUUGUCAUUAAAAAAGAUUAGUUUUACUCCACCUCGCACGUUUAAGUUGAUAGGUAUUUUUUCGUUGGAGAUCUCACGAUUGCAAAUCCGAAUUUUUGCCGAUUUUGAGCAUACUAGUCACUUUAAAUUUAAAGAAAACGAAAUUUUUAAACUAAACCGCCUAGAUGUUUCUUGUUUAUUUUGUGAAUCUGAAGAAUUUCGUUUGUAUUAAAUUCGGAUUGCUUUUAAUUGUAUUCGUUCUUCCCUUAAUUUAAUUAAGCUAAGUGUUACUCACCUAAAUGUAGGUUGUGACGGCUAAGAAAAGUGGAAUCUUUUGAGUUGUGGGCAUUUAUGUUUGUUCUGUUACACUGCCAAAAAAAGAAUGCUAAUAUUAACAACUUUUAACGGUUUUAGACCAAUUGUAUUAUAUCGUCAAGAUAAGAAUGAAAAACGUGAAAAUCUUUGCAUGGAAUGAAAUGUAAGUUGUAAAAUAAUUGAAAA